AUGCCCAAAGCAGAGGCCGAUAUGAUACGAAAGAUUUAUAAGCAGAACCUUGCAGACUACGUGCAGUUACAUGGACAGUUGGAUGCAUCACCAUUAGGAAUAACAUCCGCGCAGGCAUUGCUUCCAGGAAACUCUCGUACAAGGCAGGCGCCUGACCCAUCAUCUUCGGCUUCUGAAGCUCAGCCAGCCCUUGACUCUCCCACUGAGCAGCAGCUCUCCAAUAGUGGAUCAUUAAGGCGUCAUCCCCACGACGCGGAGAACAUAUUUCUCAGUGCACUCAUUGAGGCAGGAAGCACUAGGGCUUACGUCAAAGACAAGUCAAUAAGCACAAGCGUCCAGGCACAGGGGGAUGAACACUUUGUUCCGCUUACCGAGGACUUCAUCAAGCUUAACCGCAUCUUGGCAGACUUUCCCUACAACGCAGCUCUAAAUGCUAAGCUUUCUCCACGUACCGCGUCGCCCCUUUCUUCCAUAGUUUACAAUAAGGAUAUUAAAGGGCGGCAGGACGGUAGGUCAAGGGUUGCUCGACCGACUUCUGCACCAUCGUUGAGAACACGCAGAGACGUGUACAUGGUGAAUGCGCUCGUCGAGAAGCUUCAUAUGGCAACGAACGAUCUCAUGCACGAAAGGAGGCGUCGGAUGGAACUGGAAACCCGGCUGCUGCAGAGCAACGAAGCCAUCUUCCGGGCUGCAUACUCUCAAGCGCGUGUCAUGGUGCUUGUUGAGUUGAGAGAGGCACUACUAACAGCACUGACUGCUAGCACAGGAGAGCUGCCUGAAAUCCUUUCUGAUGCGCUCCGGAGCCUCUCCUGA